AUGGGUCAAUCACGGGAAGUGACCACCGAUGAAAAUGUGGCCAGAAUUAGGGAACUGCUACAAGAAUAUCCGCGAAUAACGCUAUUACAGAUGGCUUAUAUACUGAAUAUCUUAAACGAGAGAGUACAUCAUAUUCUGCACAAUUAUAGCAACGCAAGACAUAUUUGUAUCAAAUGGGUACACCACUUGUUGUCGGCCGACCAAAUGGCUACUCGUGUUAAGAUCUGCCGGGAGAAUCUGAAGAUUUUUGAAAAUGGCGGCAAUCACUUUAUUUAUCGAUUAUUAUGGGUCAUAGAAGAUGAAGAGAUCCCGAAGUUGGCCAAACGUGAAGUGCAUGUUACCACCGACUGGUAUGUGAAAAAAUGGUUGUCUAAAGUCUUUGAAUCUAUCAAUGAGGAUCGCCCGAAGUCUGGACUAACUGGCAUUAUAAUGUAUCACGAUAAUGCCAAGUCUCACAAAACAUUGGUAACAACCCGAUAUCUCGAUGACAAUGGUGUUCAACUUUUAACACGCCCACCUUACAGUCCUGAUCUGUCUCCAGCUAAUUUUUGGCUUUUUAAAAAUCUCAAGAAACACCUAAAAGGAACGGUAUUUAAUAGCAAAAUUGAUAUUGACAACGCUUUUGAGUCAUUUUGGGAGACCUAA